AUGUUGGACUUCAUACCAGGACAAAAACCAGAAGAUCGUCUAGACAUUGUCAAUAGAGUAUUCCUUAUAAAGCUGAAUGAACUAAUAGAAGACAUAUACAAAAAGAAGCGGUUUGGAAAAGCAAUAGCAAUUGUCUACACCAGCGAGUUCCAGAAAAGAGGUCUACCUCAUGCACAUAUACUAUUAUUUUUGGAUCCAGAUGACAGGGAUCCUAGCCCCCAAAAUAUUGACCAGAUCAUAUCAGCAGAGGUGCCAGACAAGGAUGUUGAUCCAGAAGGAAAUAACUAUGAUGAGAUACAAAUGUACCUUGAUGCACGAUACCUAUCUGCAGGAAAAACAUUUCUGUGGAAGGCAAUCACGACAUCACUACGAUCUGAAGGAAAAAUAGUUUUAGCAGUAGCAUCCAGUGCAAUAGCAGCACUUCUUAUACCUGGGGGAAGAACUGCACAUUCAAGAUUUCACAUCCGACUCAACAUCAAUAAUGAGUCCACAUGUGACAUCAAGCAAGGAUCCUAUCUUGCAGACCUGCUAAAGAAAACAUCCUUAAUUAUAUGGGAUGAAGCACCUAUGGCGAACAAACAUUGGUUCGAAGCAUUGGACAAGAGCUUGAGAGACAUCCUAAGGUUCACAAAUGCAAGUAGUGCAGAUAAACCAUUUGGAGGGAUGACGGUAGUGAUGGGACGUGACUUCAGACAAAUCCUGCCAGUAAUACCGAAAGGGCGAAGAUCUCAUAUUGUAGAUGCAUCCUUAAAACAUUCCUACUUAUGGAACCACUUUGAGGAAUUCCAGCUCACUCAGAACAUGCGCGUUUCUGCACUAACAGAUACUCCAAAAGAACAAAAGAAGACCGCAGAUUUUGCGGACUGGGUAAAUAUUGGAGAUGGAUUAGUUGGAAAUAAAGAAGAAGAGGCAUGGGUACAUAUACCGGAGGAAUUACUACUGCAGAAAGGAGAGAACCAAUUAGAAACUAUCAUCAACAACACCUAUCCAAACCUAUGGAAAAACUACAUGAACCGAACAUACUUAGAAGAGAGAGCCAUCUUAUGUCCAAGAAAUGAGAUGGUCGAUGAGGUAAAUUCUUACAUCAUGGGUAGAAUAGAAGGUGAAGAGGUAACCUAUCGAAGCUCAGAUACAGUGUGCAAAGCAAUGUCAAAUUCAGAAGAUGGAGACCAUUUGUACCCAACAGAAUUCCUCUAA